AUGGGCUGUAGGAUGUCCCUCGAAGUGCGUGUCCUCGAUGCUCAUCCUGAUCAGUUCAAGGAGAUCACGGGAGCGUACUCGGAGGAGCAAGAAUGGGCGCCCUCCAGGGAGGUGGAGACUCUGGUCCCCACGACGGAGGAGAAUCUGGGCCCCACGACGGAGGAGAAUCUGGACCCCACGCUGGAGGAGACUCUGGACCCCACGACGGAGGAGACUCUUGGCCCCACGGCGAAGGAGAAUCUGGGCCCCACGACGGAGGAGACUCUGGACCCCACGACGGAGGAAACUCUGGGCCCCACGACGGAGGAGACUCUGGGCCCCACGACGGAGGAGACUCUGGGCCCCACCGCAGAGGAGAUUCUUGGCCCCACAACGGAGGAGACUCUGGACCCCACGACGGAGGGGACUCUGGACCCCACGACAGAGGAGACUCUGGACCCCACGCUGGAGGAGACUCUGGACCCCACGACGGAGGAGACUCUGGGCCCCACGACAGAGGAGAAUCUGGGCCCCACGGCGAAGGAGACUCUGGGCCCCACGACGGAGGAGAUUCUUGGCCCCACAACGGAGGAGACUCUGGACCCCACGACGGAGGAGAAUCUGGGCCCCACGGCGAAGGAGACUCUGGUCCCCACGACGGAGGAGACUCUGGGCCCCACGACGGAGGAGACUCUGGGCCCCACGACGGAGGCGAUUCUUGGCCCCACAACGGAGGAGACUCUGGUCCCCACGACGGAGGAGACUCUGGGCCCCACGGCGGAGGAGAUUCUGGACCCCACCGCGGAGGAGACUCUGGGCCCCACGGCGGAGGAGACUCUGGGCCCCACGGCGGAGGAGACUCUGGACCCCACGUCAAAGGGGCCCCUGGAGGAGGAGCCCCUGGCGGAGGAGCCCCUGGCGGAGGAGCCCCUGGCGGAGGAGCCCCUGGCGGAGGCCCCGUGCCCGCUCGGAUUCUUCCCGUGCGGUAACCUCAGCCACUGCCUGCCACAGACGUUGCACUGCAACGGGGCGCAGGAGUGCGAGAACGGAGCCGACGAGGAGGACUGCGGUGAUAACAGCGGGUGGCCGCAGUUCUUUGAUGAAUUCUUCCCCUACCCCAGCGUCCACCAGCACCACCACCUCCACGUGGAGGCCUGCGAGCACUUGGCCCCGCUGCCCGUGAUGGUUACCUGGGUGCCCCUUUGCCUCUACCACUACUAA